CCCCCCACUGUCCCUCUCCCCUCUUCCUGCCACCUCCCCUCGCCCCACAUUCAUCAUGCUGAUCAAGGAAUACAGAAUCCCAAUGCCAAUGAGCGUGGAUGAGUACCGCAUUGCCCAGCUCUACAUGAUCCAGAAAAAGAGCCGGGAUGAGACCUGUGGUGAGGGCAGUGGGGUGGAGAUCCUGGAGAACAAGCCAUAUGAGGACGGCCCAGGGGGAAUUGGCCAGUACACUCACAAGGUCUACCACAUUGGCAUGCACAUCCCCAGCUGGUUCCGCUCCAUCCUGCCCAAGGCAGCACUGCGGGUGGAGGAGGAGUCCUGGAAUGCCUACCCCUACACCCGCACAAGGUACACCUGCCCCUUUGUUGAGAAGUUCUCCAUUGACAUUGAGACAUACUACAAGCCAGACAUAGGGAACCAGCCAGACGUGUUCAACAUGUCCCCAGCUGAGAAGAGGCUACGGACUCUGGACCCCAUUGACAUUGUCAAUGAUCCAAUCCCCCCACACGAGUACCUGCAAGAGGAGGACCCUCGAAUCUACCGGUCAGAGAAGACCAAGAGAGGCCCUCUGCAGGAGGACUGGAUUGAGGAGUACAACAACAACCCAGGGAAGACGCCCAUCAUGUGCGCUUACAAACUCUGCAAGGUGGAGUUCCGAUACUGGGGCAUGCAGUCCAAGAUCGAGAGAUUCAUCCAUGACGUAGGGCUGAGGAAGGUCAUGGUACGGGCCCACCGGCAAGCCUGGUGCUGGCAAGAUGAGUGGUACGGCCUGACCAUCCAGGACAUCAGGCUACUGGAGCUGGAGACGCAGCUGGCGCUGGCCCAGAAGAUGGCCCAGUUCAGCCAGGCUGAGGAGGCCGCCGAGUCCAAUGGAGCCGCUUCGUCCCCAGACAAGAACCAGGAGGCCAAAGAUCCUAUCAGCUCUUUAGAAACUGAGGAGGUGGUCAGUGCAGGGAGCGUGGCGGACACUCUCCAAACAAAACGAGCAGGGUUCACCAAGCAGUGGUCCACCUCUUCCAGAUCUUCCCACUCGUCUAAGAGAGGAGCAAGUCCGUCACGCCACAGCCUGUCUGAAUGGAGGAUGCAGAGCAUAGCGCGAGAUUCUGACGACAGCUCUGAAGAGGAGUUCUUUGAUGCUCACGAGGACUUGUCAGGAGAUGAAGAGGUUCUCCCCAAGGAGAUAUCCAAGUGGAACUCCAAUGACCUCAUGGACAAGAUUGAUGCAGCUGAUGUAGAAGACGUCCCUGGAGAACUGUACAAAGACAUGACAAGGGACUAUGAGAGGACGGCCAGUGAGGAGAGGCUGGAUGAGAUACGUGGCUCUGUUAGCAACCAAGCCGAUAGCUCUACCAUUCCUACCAUCACCGUAACCAAGCACCAGCCAGAGCUCUCCUCACAGCAGUGUCUGCCGCCUUCUAAGAUUCACGUGCUGAUCCUGGUGCUUCACGGGGGCAACAUCCUGGACACAGGCGGAGGGGACCAGGCCAGUAAGCAGGGCGACGUCAACACCAUCACCACGGCCUUUGACACGGUGAUGCGUGUGCAUUACCCCGCCGCGCUGGGCCACAUCGCCAUCCGCCUGGUGCCCUGCCCCGCCAUCUGCGCUGAGGCCUUCUCUCUGGUGUCCAAUCUGAGCCCCUACAGCUAUGAUGAGAGCUGCCUGUCUAGCAGUCAGGACCACAUCCCCCUGGCUGCCCUGCCUCUCCUUGCCACAUCUGGCCCCCAGUACCAAGAGGCCGUGGUUACAGUUAUCAUGAGAGCCAACCAAGUGUACAAUGACUUCAUCAAGUCCCUGGAUGGGGCAACCUUCUCUGGCCAGGUGUGUCUGAUUGGGGACUGCGUUGGAGGGAUCCUGGGGUUUGACGCUUUGUGCAGCAGCAACCAAACUACUGGUGAGAGCCAGAACAGCAGCCGCAGGGGCAGUGUAAUCAGCAUUCAGGACCAGGACCUCCUCUCCCCAGGCAUCGUCAUUAACAGCGGGCAAGGGUCCUCCUCUCCCACCCUGGAGGGCAGCCGCCACCUGAGCCGCAGCAACAUCGACAUCCCCCGCUCAGGAGGGCCUGACGACUCCAAGAAACAGCUGCCCCGCAAGAGGAGCGACUCCUCCACAUACGAGCUGGACACCAUCAAACACCACCAGGCUUUCCUGACCAGCCUCCAUGCCAGUGUUCUGCGGACCGACUCAAGCUCCCGGCGGUCCAGCAGUAGCACCUUCCAGGAUGGCGGCUCUCUGGGGAAGUUCGACUUCGAGGUGGCAGACUUCUUCCUGUUCGGGUCUCCUCUUGGCCUGGUCCUCGCCCUGAGGAAGACUGUCAUUCCUGUGCUGGAUGUGGCCCAGCUGCGCCCAGCCUGCCAGCAGGUCUACAACCUGUUCCACCCAGCUGACCCCUCGGCAUCACGACUGGAGCCACUUUUGGAGAAGAAGUUCCACCUUCUGCCACCGUUCAACAUACCCCGCUACACUCGCUUUCCCCUCGGGGAUGGCAACUCCGCUCUACUGGUGGAGACUGUCCAGAACAACCCUCAGCUCCUGCUCGAUAGUGGGGCCCCUCUCUCUUUCCGCUGUCAGGAGUCCAUCACUGAGACCUGCAUCCCUGUGCCUGUGUUAAACUGGCAGGAUGGCUGCCUCAAGGCUUCACCUGCUGUCCUGGAGUCGGAUGUUGUUCAGUCUCAUGGUGGUGUCUUCAUGGACAGUUCGUACCCCUCCUCCCCCGUUACGGGCCCCCACUCCCGGGGCCUGCGGAGGGCCAGUGAGGUCAGCAUUGCCAGCCAGGUCUCAGGAAUGGCAGACAGUUACACUGCCACCAACAUGGCCAACACACAACCGUGCCAAAUUAACCAAAACAAAAAAUCCAGCCUUUUGUCCCUAAUUGCCCUGUCACCGCAAAACAAAUUUUCCCUGAGAAGCCCCCCUAAGUCCUUUAGAAAAGAAAGGGCUGACCCAAUCCCAGGAUCUACUGACAGAGACAAAGGAAUCAGGCCAGACCCAGAGGCAGACACUGCCCGAGAAGUUAACGGAGGUGUAAGCCCCUGUGUUCAGUUAGAGAGGCAACUAUCAGCUGGCCUGGAUCAUGCCUUUACUGACCUGGUAUCUCUGGACUCCCAGGCAGACAUGGACCAAGUCGCAGCCCGUUGGUGGGGCACCAAGCGUAUAGACUUUGCCUUGUACUGCCCUGACGCCCUGACCGCCUUCCCCACGGUGGCACUACCGCACCUCUUCCAUGCGUCCUACUGGGAGUCCACGGACGUGGUGUCGUUCCUGCUGCGACAGGUGAUGCGGCACGAAAACUCGAGCAUACUGGAGCUGGAUGGUAAGGAGGUGUCGGAGUUCACUCCAUCUAAACCCCGGGAGAAGUGGCUCAGGAAGAGGACCCACGUCAAGAUCAGGAAUGUGACAGCCAAUCAUCGUGUGAACGAUGCAGUGUUCACGGAAGACGGUCAGCAGGUUGUUACAGGCCGCUUCAUGUAUGGACCUCUGGACGUGGUCACACUGACAGGGGAGAAGGUGGACAUCCACAUCAUGACCCAGCCCCCAUCCGGAGACUGGGUGUACUUUGACACAGAAGUGACCAAUAGCAGUGGCCGUGUGUCAUUCACCAUCCCAGAGAGCAAACGGCUGGGUGUUGGUGUCUAUCCGGUCAAACUCGUGGUCAGGGGCGACCACACAUUUGCAGACAGCUACCUGACAGUGCUUCCUCGUGGGACCGAGUUUGUGGUGUUCAGUAUAGAUGGCUCGUUCGCUGCUAGUGUUUCCAUCAUGGGGAGUGACCCGAAAGUGAGAGCGGGAGCAGUCGACGUGGUCAGGCAUUGGCAGGACCUGGGCUAUCUGAUUGUCUAUGUAACGGGGCGUCCAGACAUGCAGAAGCAGAGAGUGGUGGCCUGGCUGUCUCAGCAUAACUUUCCUCAUGGUAUUGUCUCUUUCUGCGAUGGCCUGGUCCAUGACCCCCUGAGACACAAGGCCAACUUCCUCAAGUCACUAAUGGAGGCUCACAUGAAGAUUGUCGCAGGCUACGGUUCAACCAAAGACAUCUCAGUGUACACCUCCAUCGGCCUUUCUCCAUCUCAGAUCUACAUCAUUGGCCGACCAUCCAAGAAGAUGCAAACUCAGUGCCAGUUCAUUACGGAGGGCUACGCCACGCACCUCUCUCAGCUGGAGUACAGCCAGCGUUCCCGGCCAGCCAAGACGACCAGCGCCCGCAUGGCCCUGCGGAAAGGCAGCUUUGGUCUGGGCGCAGGCAGCGACUUCCUGCGGAAGCGGAACCACCUGCUGCGCACCAUAUCCUCUCAGCCGGCUCCCAGCUCGCCAACCGGCAGCGGCCACGGCAGACCGGAGCGCACACAGAGCCAGUCGGACGGCCACAGCCACCACGGCCCGGGGCCGGCCCAGCGCAGCAUGAGCAUGGCAGCAGGGUGCUGGGGCCGCAGUGGCAGCACCAAGCUGGAGCCUGGGGUCUUCAGCCCAAAGUAGGGGUUAGGGGUCGGGAGGGGUGAGGUGAGGUGAGGAGGAUCGUGUGCAAAUUGUGUAAAUGGAGAACGGCGAUGAGGAACGGGAAAGACUUUCAAAGGGAGAGAGGGGCAAUGAACAGGGGGGAGAGUGACGUGCUGAUCCAUAGGAUGCCAUUGCUCUAACCACAGUGAAAGGAGGAGUAAUGAGAAUAUACAGCAUUCAAACAAUUGGUGCUAUGAACUUGUCUUUGUAAAGUCCUUCAAUAUACAUAAAUCAACAAAGGCAACAACAAACAGAGGUUAUGCCUCUUUUUACUUCAGACAACGAUACAAUGGAGAAAGACCUUUUAAGAAAGAUCUUAUUUAAGCAAAGGACAUGCAUGCACAAAACCCAAACUAUCUACUGGCCAACAAUAGGAAGGACUCCUAAAGGAAGACUUUGGCCAACCAGGACAGUUUGUGAGUUGCAUAUUGUUUGUUUUAUUUAUCAAUGUCUUUAAUACCGUUAUAUCGAUAUACACAGUUUGUGUCCUGGACUGGAGCUUCGGGUUGGAGCUUGAUCCAUACUUUGUUGAAUCAGCAUUCACAUUCUGCCAGUUCCCCUGCAUCAUGACUCCAGAACCACGCAAAUACAGUCACAGUAGAAUAAUGCAUCCAGCUCAGGCAGCUGCAGUCCUCAACGGAUGUGUACCAGUUACACUUGAUACCCAAACCAUUGUCUGUGUUAUAACACUGAACUUGUUACAUUACAGGCCAUUGCAGUCAUUGCUUUUACAAAGAGUAUAUUUUGCAUAUUACUUGCAGGGCAAACUUGUAUUGCUGAUGUGCCAAAGUAAGCAUAAUAAAGUUGUGCUCAGUAUACAGUAAGUGAAGUUUAAUACAAGAUGUCCUCUGACAGACUGAAAGUGCUCUGUGGACGUUGUUUGUUAUGAUUGUAUAGUGGAAGAGAACCAAGACUUGUGUAUAUAUCACUGUAUAAUCAGGCAGGUAGAGCUGCAGUCAGGUCUACUAAGGGGCCAUAUCUCUAGUGUCCUCUUCACACUGAGGAGAUUCACAUUCAGGAUAUACUUUUUAGUUAUUAACAUAUAUUCAUUUUGCCAGUUUCAAGUCUUUUGGUUGUUUUUUAACACAAUCAUUCACAGCAGCCAAUACAUGGCUGAGGUAUUUGCCUUGCAAGAUGUUGUGUUUCUAUCAUUUGACUGAUCAUGCAAUUCAUGACACUUGUAUUAAUGUAUCUAUCUUAAUGUGUCAUGUUUAUUAUUAUAUAUUAGAACAUUUGAGAUAUAUUCAGUCACUUCCUGAGCUGUAAAUGAGACAUUGAAUGUGAUUGUGCACGUAUAAAAUACUAUUUAGGUUAUUGGGAGUCAUUUGAAGCCUUGGAUUAAAAAUAUGUAGAUAAAAUCUGUAGAUAACGAUAAAAUACGUAUAGGAUCUUAGAGGGUCAAUUUGUUCAAUGCUGUUAAUUAACAAUGUUGAUUGAUCUUAGUUUAUUCUUUCAUGUGUACCUAUUCGCUGUUUCAAACCUGUGUAGAACAAUGAAAUGGUGCAAUAUUACCCACAAUCAUGCCACAGCAACAGACCCGCAGUGUGUGACGAAUGCCACCAUGCAUCGACAAUCAGUUGAGGCACAUGCUGAGACAAAAUCUCAUGCUAACACACACUGUGUCCUGUGAUUUGAGACAUACGGGUAUAACAGUUUUCAAAGCCUAUGGUUAUGUCAAAUUGUGGGAUCUUGAUAGAAUUGUCAUUACAUUUUCUGUGUGAUCCUGGGACAAGGAAGACUGUAUGAGGGUGUAUGGGGAGAGAAGAACAAAGUGGUCAAGUGGGGUCAACUCAAUCCAGAUUACUCUGUUUGGGAAGGAAUGAGGCACCAGACUGCAUUUAGCACUAUCAGAUAGGAUGAAAUGCAUAGAAAUGAUGUUUGUCUUGAUUCAAUUCAAGUUUUAUUCCGUUCUAUUUAUUACAUUUCUUUGCAUUUAAUCAUAGAGGACAGGUGAAAUUCAGAGAGAAUAUAUUGGGGAAACUGGGCUCUAGGCCAUUGGUGCCCUCAUUCCUGAGGUUGUUCACAUUCUGAUUAAGUCCGCGUUCAGACGCCAAGAUGAUUCCAUGACAUGUGAUCAGAUGGGUAGUCAGGCAAGCAUUGUCUUAAUGUGUUAACAAAGCAUACAGAUACAUAAAUACAUUUUUCUCACCAGAACUUAACCAAUCAGAUGCGCUUGAAAAGGUACGUGGACAGUUGUUUUUAUUUUUAAGUUAUCUUUCUGGAUUUUGUCUACUGGAUAGGAUUAAAUGCAUAAUACCAUUAGGAGAUCUGAUGGGUCACUGACUCGAAUGGGCACUCCUGUUUUAUUCAUUAUAUUUCUACACACACAACCCUACCUGAAAUAAUGGCCUCAGAUGAGAUUGGUCAAAAGACCAACUACUGGAAAACCAUAUUGUAAUUGAGCUCCCUGUGUAAAUACAGCUACCGUCUGUAUCAAGCCAGGGUAAACAUGUUGCUGCUUUUACACAGUCCUGUUCUCAUUUUUUUUGGACCGAUCACAUCAGAGCUAUUGACAUUCUAUUGAACAUAAUACAUUUUAUUUGGGGGACACCUUUCAAAACAAUCAAGAUAUCUUACAUAAAAAUAUCUAUAUACUGUAGGUGAGUUAAUCAACAGUGCAAUUUUAAAAAGAAAAAGUCUAAAAUCAGGGGACAAAUCAAACAAACACACAGGGGAAAGAUAGGAAAGGCUACAGUUUGUAGGCAGUAUGGAAUAGUUGUUUUGAGGAGGGUUGUGAAUGUGGUGACUGUGGCAGCCUGUCGUGAGUGAGUGGGGAGUGCAUUCCAGAGUCUGGGUGCAGAGCAGCUUAAAGCACGGCUUUGUGUUUUGGUUUUUGUUUGGGCAAAUCAAGAGAAGAUUAUAAACUGUAAAUGAGCAUUUCCAGUUAUAUAGGAAAACAAAUAAAGAUGCAGAAUCUGUAUUGUGAACCCAUUGUUCCAGAGCUUUUGGUUUAACUGCCAAUAUAUAUCAUACAUAUAAUUUGAGACCACACUGUUCCUGCGCAAUGCCCUAUGAUGGGUACAUUCCAGGGUGACCCAAAAAGCAUUGCCCCAAAUACUCAUGAACAUGCAUGGUGAAGAAUGCCAUCAGUUGAGCUAGAAGGGCUUAUGUGGUGAGGCAAGGCUGUUUCUAGAGUCACUAUCCAUAUAAUGAGCUUUUCCAAUAGCAACACACAUGGAUUUCUCUCUAGACAAUUUCUGUGCAUCCCAAAAACAGAUUAGUGAAUUUGGCUACAAGAACAACAUGCACACAUUUACAAGGCCGUUCUUUAAAGGUAGACUCAGUAAUAUGUUCUAAAUGCAACACUUCCACAUGUCAGUGGAAUUAUGGGUAAACUUCUCUAUUGGUCCCUUGGCUAGUAUGUUGUACUCGCGUGGAGCAAACCAGUGCAUAUUUGCACUGUUUAGAGCCAGGUUUCACAUUCAUAUAAAGAUCAAAAAAUAUUUGCUGUGCUGUUCACGGUAAUGUAAUUCUGUAGUCUAACUUUGAAGCAUCGAUCCGUAUACUGAACAUCACUCAUGUAAAAGGUAAACCUGGGAAAUCACCGGUUAAGCUCAUACACCUCUGGACAAACAUAAGCUCCACAUAUGUACUGGUGGCAGAUGGAAACCAGAGGCCUUACAGUAUGUUUCCCAUUUUGCCUUAAAUUUGCUGUUCCCAGGUUUGAUUCAUGACUCCUUGGAAUAAUCCGCAGUAGAAUUUCCUGUAUGGUCACUGAAAAAGGCUAUACUUUCCCAUUGAGACAUUGGUAUGACUUAUAUGUUUGGUUGGUUGUAUCUACAGGGAAAUAGUAUAAAUGUACAAAGCAAAAAAUAUCAAACUUCCACUUUGCGCUUUAAAACAGGUUUCAUCUCAUGCUUAUAAAAAGUUAAAUGCUGACUGAAUUUGAUAAUAUUGAAAUUAACCUUACUCUGCUUGUAAAAAUGUCUGAUGGUAUUCAGUAUCAAAAUACUAUACUUUGUAACUAUUACAUUUUAUUUAACCCAUUCCUUGUGUUUCCAUGUACAGUGUAUAAAAUAAGUAUGAAGAAACUCAA